AAUAAAACUUUUUACAACUUCCGAUUCUGAGAAAAACAGUUCGGCUGGAUGGCGAUUGACUCGACAACUUCGCAUUUUAAACAUGCUCUAGGCAAGACACAUUUCAGCACCACUUGCAACGUUUUGUGUUAUAAAGACUUGACAAUUUCCAGCUGUCAUGGCUGAAGGGUUUGACAAGAACAAGGCCACAAAUGACUUGAAACAUCUUUUAAACUUAAAUGACUCUGCACAACCUUUGCCUCUAGCGGAGGAUCCCAACUGCAAAGAACCGUUGGUCAAUCCAAAGACAAAUUGGGAGAAAAAGAAGAAAAAGAAAAAAUCCAAAGGGGGAUCCGACAGUGGAAACCAGAAGUCUGAAAAUCACGAGAGAAAUUCCCCCAGUGUUGUGCCAACAAACAGCAAUGGCAAUGCCGUCACUGGUCCAGUGAUUGCGUCUGCCGAGACUGAUCGUCCCCCGCCGGACAAAAAAGGAAAAGAAAUGCAGUCACAUGAGCAGGAUGGCAGUGCUCCGGACGGACAAGUCAACUCGGACAUGUUAUUGUCGGAUCAACGUUCUGGUGGCCGGGGUUCAGAGGUCACGUCCUGUGCCGCGACUUCGUCCCCUAUCGCUGCUAAGAAGACCAAAGAAAGUGCCCCCAAGCCGAACAAGUUUGCCGUGUCGGAGACUUUGAAAAGAUUCGCUAAUGAUUGCCCCACCGAUAGUCCCACAUCGUUGCAGUCAUCGGGACAGAAAGUGAGGGAGGAAAUCCCCAGGUCUCAAGCCAGUUCCAAGAACGGCCAAGCCAAGGACAAGGAGGGUGCCGCUUCCAAGAACGGCCAAGCCAAGGAGAAGGAGGGUGCCGCUUCCAAGAAUGGCCAAGCCAAGGAGAAGGAGAGUGCCGCUUCCAAGAACGGCCAAGCCAAGGAGAAGGAGGGUGCCGCUUCCAAGAACGGUCAAGCCAAGGACAAGGAGGGUGCCGCUUCCGACAGGAAAGUGCCAGCAACCAACACAAACAACAACAAACCAAGGCCGGCCAAACUGGGGGAGUCAGAGAUGAGCCCCGAGUUCCAGAACUUGCUGGAGCUGCACAAAAUGCACAGCUUGAAGAAGAAAAAUGCCAGAUUCCCCAAAGCCAAGUUUUUUUGCCGUCUGUGUGACUACCAUCUGGACACAGCCGAGGACUGCGAGAAACACAUGAAAGACAACAGACAUUGUCGCAGGAAGGAGAUCGGAGAAGUGGACGCCAUUCUGAGACUGAUGCCUGCGCCGAGUGAGAAACAAGUGCGUGCGAUCAGCGCGGCUGUGGAGGGAGUGUGUGAGCGACACGGCAUUGAUGAGUGGGAGCAGAACACGCGGCGUCACGUGGUCAGCAGGCUGGAGAAACUGGUGCAGGAGAAGAUCCCUG